UUUCCCCGGCGAAGUGGAACGAGGCUGGAAAAGGGGGGGUCGAAGCCGUUGAGAGGGCUCCUGUCGCGCUCCACGUGAUAAAAGAACGCCUUCGGUUCAGUUCGGCGCCGGGAUGGACGUGGAAGGUGUCGUGCCGGGUGGGCGGACGAGGAGAACAGGGUGCCGCUGUGAUGGCGACGGUGUCACCUCCGGGCGCGCUUCCAUGUGCUUCGUGGGAAGGGGGGGCUGGCGGAGAAGAAGCGGCACGCGGGCGACGCUAUCGACGAGACAAUGAUGAAGAGUGCGAGACCGGACCCAAGGGGGAGCAGUGUAGGCGCCGCCAUGGACGAGAAGCGGGAAAUGCCCUCGUCGAAGGAGGACAAGCGGAAAGAGAAGAAACCGAAAUCCGUCAGGCUUUUACGGAAAAAAUCACUCAAGUCCGUGGGGAGUUUUAUGAACAGAUUAAUCAUCAAAACUCUGGGCACUUUCACCCACUUUGCGGACGCGCGGGACGCGGAGGACGACGAUGGAGGCUUUGGGAACGGCACACCUUGCACCCUCGGCGCCAGCUCGGGGAUUGUCAAAGAGGAUGUGCAGGUGCCUCGGCUGGCCAAGAACCCUCCUCUUGGCAGGGACAAACUACUUUACCAGUACGGGGACAAAACGCCGGGCGUCCUGGGCUUGAAAAACCACGGCAACACGUGCUUCAUGAACGCCGUGGUCCAGUGCCUGAGCAAUACCGACCUGCUGGCCGAGUACUUGGGACUGGAGAGGUACAAGUUGGACCUGAGUGACACCGCGGUCGAUGGGACCGCCAGGAGCGCGGAGACUCGCGUCGCUAACGGAGAGGUCACGGAGCACUUGGCCUCGCUCGUUCGGGCUCUGUGGACUUUGGAAUACACCCCGCAGCUGUCUGUCGACUUCAAGGCUAUCGUGUCCAAGUUUGGAUCGCAGUUCCGUGGUAACUCCCAACACGACGCCCUGGAGUUCCUUCUGUGGCUGCUGGAUCGCGUCCACGAAGACAUCAAUCUGGCCUCGCACAACAACAAUAAUACAACCAAAGCUUGCGAACGGGAUCCCGACGAAGAUGAAAACCUGCCGCAUCCUGACCCGCCCCGUUGCCAGCAGCAACAUAGUUUUGUCCAGGAACAUUUUCAGGCGCAGUACAAAUCUUCACUGACAUGCCCCCAUUGUUUGAAACAGAGCAACACCUUUGACCCUUUCCUUUGCAUCUCACUGCCGAUUCCUCUUCGCCAGACCAGGCCCGUGUGUGUCACUCUGGUGUUCAGCACAAAGGGACAAAGGUACCUGCGAGUCGGUCUGGCCGUGCCUCUGUUCGGCUCUGUCGCCUGCUUGAGGAGGAUGGUGGCUGACGAGGGCGACGUUUCCCCGGAUCAGGUGAUCCUGACUGAAGUUUACGCCACCGGGUUCCAGCGCUCCUUCUUUGAUGAAGACGACCUAACCAGUAUAGCGGAAAAUGACGUCAUCUACGCCUUCCAGGCUCCGCCUCUCUACAUUCGAGGCGGCUCUGCGCGGACUUCAGGAUCCCAUCACAGUCUACCGCCAUCUUCGACAUACACCGCCGGUCCCGAGGCUAAACGAUUACCUGCGUCCGGGGCGCUGUCUUCAGAAUUCCUCAACCAGGGCGUCCCGCUGAAGAUUUUGCUGCUGGUAUGCAACGCGGCAGGAGCAGGCCAGCAAACUGUUAGGUUCGGCCCUCCGUUCUUAAUGAGGGAGGAUCGGUCUAUUUCCUGGGAUCAGCUGCAGCAAAGCAUUCUGAGCAAGCUUUACUACCUGAUGAUCAACGGGGCGCCGGCACAGAAUAACAGAGUGCUCUUCAACAUCCGCGUGGUUGGAGGCUCGUCAUUUUACAGCUACUUGUCCCCGCAGGACGGUCGGCCGCUCUACCAUCCUGCCGUCGACAGAGCUUUGAAACUCUGCAGCCCGGGAGGACCGCCGCAUGUGAAGCUCAUCAUCGAAUGGGAGUACAGAAUCAAAGACUGCCUGUUUGGUAACAUUCAGGAGGAGGUGGUGAAGGAUGCGGACAGCGUGAGGAAUCAGCAGCAGCAGCAUGUCCAGCAGUACAGCUGCACCUUGGAUGAGUGUUUUCAGCUCUACACCAAAGAGGAGCAGCUCGCCCCCGACGACGCCUGGAAGUGCCCGCACUGCAAGCAGCUGCAGCAGGGGACGGUGAAGAUGAGCUUGUGGACGCUACCGGACAUCCUCAUCCUCCACCUGAAGCGCUUCAGGCAAGUGGGCGAGCGCAGAAACAAGCUGACCACGUUUGUACGUUUCCCCCUGGUGGACCUGGACAUGACGCCGCACGUGGUGAACCGCGACCACCGCCCACCUCAGGGCUGGAAGCAAGCCAGCCGGCCCGAGCUGGCUCCCCCUGACGUCCUCUACGAUCUCUACGCCGUGUGCAACCAUCACGGGGGGAUGCACGGGGGCCAUUACACAGCCUUUUGCCGAAACUCUGUGGACGCUCAGUGGUACAGCUACGACGACAGCAACGCCGAGGCAGUUCCGGAGGGAGACGUGUGCACGCGAGGCGCCUAUAUCCUCUUCUAUCAAAGAAGAAAAACAAUCCCGCCGUGGUCUGCGAGUUCUUCGGUCACCGGUUCCACCAGCUCAAACACUUCGGACCACUGGCUGGUGCGUCUGACUAGUGACAGAGGUGCCCCGGUGUCAGCGGCAUGUAGCUCGGUGCCGCCGGCGCCCGUGCAACGUCCGGAUCCAACCGCUCGGCCGGUGUUCGAAGAGCGCCGCAAAACUGCGGACGCGGGUGAAUCGGAGUCCAAAGCGUUUGCCCGCGGGACCCACGCAAGGAGCGUCAGCAUGAGAUCUCCGACGAAGGCCAGGGAGUCUUUGGGCAAAGUCCUGCCGCUGCGAUGGUCCUUCAGAGCCAAGGAUCGCGUGAAGCACUCGGUCGAGACUCAGUCCGGGGAGCUGGUGGAAUAUCUGGAGUCGGGCCGCCGUCCUCGAUGUACCAAAGAGCCGAUUGUAGCUCUGGUGGCCACCCCGCCGCAAGCGCAUCCCCAGCGGGGAGCCUUCGAGGGCGGCGGACAGGAGUGCAGCUCGCCGAGCGGCAGUAGCCUGAGCUGCGCGGAAUCGUGCUACUCCCCCAAAAUCCCCGAGGGACAGAGCAGGCCCGCUAUGGAGAGGCACCUCGGCGGCGCUGUCAAGGGCGGCGAGGAUGGCUCCCUGAGGGUGAGGUCAUCGAAUAAGAGAGCGAGGCAGGAGCCCGGCAGGACUUGGGACGUGCAACUUCAGAGAGUGGCCGUGUUAGGAGCGCACCUCAGCAGCCACAGUGCACCUCCGAGCCGAGAUUCCACGCUGAGAAAAAACAAGGUCCAUUUCGGGGGGAGCACCAGAUCCCCCAGAGAUCCAUUUCAAGCAGAGGGCCAAAGGGGCCGUGAGGGUCGCAGCCAAGAGAGCCUCGUGGCCUUUGUCAAGCCCGCUUUCACGCGCAAAGACAUCCCGAGAUCGCCUCUGGUGGAUCGGGAAGGACGCGUGAACGGAUACGCGCAUUUGGGAAAGACGGCGAGCGGCCAUUUCACCGAGCUGUCCCUGUCCAACGGAACCCUGAGCGCCGCCACAAAGCACGAGCGCCAGGUCCGGCUGCGGAACGGGCGCGCUGCCUGUGCCGACUGCGUCGACAUCAAGCGCGCGCACAGCUCCGGCAACAUUCAGACAAAGAUGGAUGCGAGCUUUCGCGGCUGCGCCUCGCUGCAGAGGAACGGCGACGUGGCGGCCUCGCGCCGCGGCCUGCUCUCGGACAAGCCCGACUUCGCCACCCUGCAGAGGACGCAGUUCAGUACCACCUCCCUGGUGCCUCUGUGACAUCUCCCAAUGACGUGUGGAGCCUCCGACUUCUUGGCUGAGAUGUCACGCCCUGAAAGCGUCGCUGGAAAGGAGUGUCGUCGCUCCUCCGUCGAUACAGUAGUACUGUUACUUUUUACCUGUGUGUGUCUUAAAACGAAAUCUAUGCAGAGUUGAGUUACUGCUGUCAUUUGUAGGAAUUGCUGCCCGUUGGACUAUUCGCCUCAAUGAAACUCUUUGACGCAUCUCAACAUAGUUCCUCGGCACCAAAAUGGUGGCAAAUCUACUUUUGUGUAGAUGAGAUUCCUCGUUUCACUUCAUCGUAGUUCCUUGACAUAAAGAUGCCAGAAAUUUCGGGGGGGUGGGGGUUGAUUAGGAUACUUCCUGGACACCUCCUUGGUGAGAUGUUCUGGAUACAUCCCACCGGCAGGGGGCCUUGGGGACGAGCCAGCGAUGACGGGAAUUUCUGAACUUUAAACUGCAAAUAUGCGGAGGUUCCUUGUAUUUUAAAACCCGAGGUGUUUGCUAAUUCACUCAUGGGAAGAAGAAUACAUUUUAAACACGUUUAAACACUGAAAAAAAAACUGCACUGUAAAUUGGCUGUUCAAUCAUCGUCUUUGUAUUUGCACUUUUAUAAAAGGCCUAUUUUCUUAUAUGACUUCAUUUGUAUGUCCAUCCAAGUUUAGGAAUAAUGACACUGUUUAAAGUUUUGAUUGUGUUUCUAAGUGACCCAGGUACUGGUUGAAACGGUGUUCCGUGCAAAUAUGUUCGAUGAGGAUGCACCGAUGAACCGCGGCACAUUUGGGAAAUUGCCUGAUUUCCAGCUUGGUUAAGAAGUUCAACUUUAUCGAUGAAAAAUCC